AUGGAUUUUGUUACUGGACUGCCAAAUACUCCUAAGGGUCAAGAUACAAUAUGGGUUAUUGUUGAUAGAUUGACCAAAUCGGCACAUUUCUUUCCCAUUAAGAGAACUUAUUAUGCGGAUACGUUAGCAGACUUGUACAUAGCAGAGAUUUGUCGAUCCUCGAUUCAUUGGCAAGAAGCCUGUGAAAGAAAAUUCUUUGGUACAGAGGAAGUGGACAAAGUUACCAAAGAUAUCAAAAAGUUUCGAGAGAGGUUGUAUACCUCCAUAGAUGGACAGCGCAAAUAUGCGAACCGAUGCCAAAGACCCUUGGCGUUUGAAGCUGGAGAUAAGAUGCUCUUGAAGGUGGCUCCGUUGAAGGGAGCUCUGCAUUUUGGUAAGAAAGGAAAAUUAAGUCCAAGGUAUAUCGAACCUUUUGAGAUAGUGGAGAAAAUCGACAUGGUAGCCUACAGAUUAGCUCUCCCACCUGCCCUGGAUCAAGUACAUGAUGCAUUCCAUGUAUCUAUCAUGAGAAAAUAUGUGGAAGACUCGAGCCAUGUACUUUUUUACGAACAGUUGGAGGUGGAUACGAAACUGUGUUAUGAGGAGAAACAGGUGAGGAUUCUAGAUCGAAAGGUAAGGUGUUGCGUAAUAAGACCAUACCCUUAG